ACUACAUUACUGUACACUCACAGAUAAACCGAAGCCGACUCUGACUGUAAAACCCCAGAGUUCAGUGUUCACUGGAGACACAGUUACUCUGAGCUGUGAUGUGGGACAGUUAGCUGGAUGGACAAUUCACUGGAGAAAAGACUCAAAACCUGAAUCCACGGCUGAUGCAACUAAAACAAUCAAGUCUGUGAGAGACUCUGAUGAAGGAGAAUACAGGUGCAGAGCACGGCGAGGAAACUACUACAGCGAGUUCAGUAAUACAGUUAAGAUUACUGUAACAGUGAGACCCAAACCUGUAGUUGGUGUUGAUCCUGAUAGACAUGUGUUCAGAGGAGAGACGGUCACUCUCACAUGUGACAUACAGCAGACAGGAGUCUGGCAGUACAGCUGGUAUAAAGACAACAAACAAGAUUAUAUCAUAGGACAAGACCAGAACUAUAAAAUCCCAUCUGUGGAUCUGUCUCAUAGUGGUGUGUACAGCUGUAGAGGAACUCAGACACAAGCACCAACACACACACAGAUGAGUGAUGGAGUUACACUGACAGUAUCAGAUAAACCGAAGCCGACUCUGACUGUAAAACCCCAGAGUUCAGUGUUCACUGGAGACACAGUUACUCUGAGCUGUGAUGUGGGACAGUUAACUGGAUGGACAAUUCACUGGACAAAAGACUCAAACCCUGAAUCCACGGCUGAUGCAACUAAAACAAUCAAGUUUGUAAGAGUCUCUUAUGAAGGAGAAUACAGGUGCAGAGCACGACGAGGAAACUACUACAGUGAGUUCAGUAAUACAGUUAAGAUUACAGUAACAGUGAGACCCAAACCUGUAGUUGGUGUUGAUCCUGAUAGACGUGUGUUCAGAGGAGAGACGGUCACUCUCACAUGUGACAUACAGCAGACAGGAGUCUGGCAGUACAGCUGGUAUAAAGACAACAAACAAGAUUAUAUCAUAGGACGAGACCAGAACUAUAAAAUCCCAUCUGUGGAUCCGUCUCAUAGUGGUGUGUACAGCUGUAGAGGAACUCAGACACAAGCACCAACACACACACAGAUGAGUGAUGGAGUUACACUGACAGUAUCAGAUAAACCGAAGCCGACUCUGACUGUAAAACCCCAGAGUUCAGUGUUCACUGGAGACACAGUUACUCUGAGCUGUGAUGUGGGACAGUUAACUGGAUGGACAAUUCACUGGAGAAAAGACUCAAACCCGGAAUCCACGGCUGAUGCAACUAAAACAAUCAAGUCUGUGAGAGACUAUGAUGAAGGAAAUUACUGGUGCAGAGCACGGCGAGGAAACUACUACAGCGAGUUCAGUAAUACAGUUAAGAUUACAGUAACAGUGAGACCCAAACCUGUAGUUGGUGUUGAUCCUGAUAUACAUGUGUUCAGAGGAGAGACGGUCACUCUCACAUGUGACAUACAGCAGACAGGAGUCUGGCAGUACAGCUGGUAUAAAGACAACAAACAAGAUUAUAUCAUAGGACGAGACCAGAACUAUAAAAUCCCAUCUGUGGAUCUGUCUCAUAGUGGUGUGUACAGCUGUAGAGGAACUCAGACACAAGCACCAACACACACACAGAUGAGUGACGGAGUUACACUGACAGUAUCAGAUAAACCGAAGCCGACUCUGACUGUAAAACCCCAGAGUUCAGUGUUCACUGGAGACACAGUUACUCUGAGCUGUGAUGUGGGACAGUUAACUGGAUGGACAAUUCACUGGAGAAAAGACUCAAACCUGGAAUCCACGGCUGAUGCAACUAAAACAAUCAAGUCUGUGAGAGACUCUGAUGAAGGAAAUUACUGGUGCAGGGCAUGGCGAGGAAACUACUACAGCGAGUUCAGUAAUACAGUUACGAUUACAGUAACAGUGAGACCCAAACCUGUAGUUGGUGUUGAUCCUGAUAGACGUGUGUUCAGAGGAGAGACGGUCACUCUCACAUGUGACAUACAGCAGACAGGAGUCUGGCAGUACAGCUGGUAUAAAGACAACAAACAAGAUUAUAUCAUAGGACGAGACCAGAACUAUAAAAUCCCAUCUGUGGAUCUGUCUCAUAGUGGUGUGUACAGCUGUAGAGGAACUCAGACACAAGCACCAACACACACACAGAUGAGUGACGGAGUUACACUGACAGUAUCAGAUAAACCGAAGCCGACUCUGACUGUAAAACCCCAGAGUUCAGUGUUCACUGGAGACACAGUUACUCUGAGCUGUGAUGUGGGACAGUUAACUGGAUGGACAAUUCAAUGGAGAAAAGACUCAGACCCUGAAUCCACGGCUGAUGCAACUAAAACAAUCAAGUCUGUGAGAGACUUUGAUGAAGGAGAAUACAGGUGCAGAGCACGACGAGGAAACUACUACAGCGAGUUCAGUAAUACAGUUAAGAUUACAGUAACAGAUUUCCCCAGAUCUACACUGACUGUGACUCCAGACAGUCCUGUAUUCACUGGAGAGACAGUCACUCUGACCUGUGUGAUUGAGUCUCACAGGUCAGUACUGGUGUAG